AUGGACAACCUUCAGCGCCAACACAACCUCCACAUACACCACAUGGCGUGGGAGACAGAUCCCACCUGCAUCCAGAUCUCUCACCACCACUACCCAGACAUGGAGCACCGUGGUAACAUCGUCCGGGACAACCCACAGGCAGUGGCUGACAGGAUGCAGUUCCUCGACCCCGACCAAUCUUGGAGCAUAGCCAUCACAGCAGGACCACCGUGUCCUGAUUUUUCAAGGAUCAAAGGAUCCCAAGGAGAGGGCAGAGACGGAGCUGAAGGCAAGAAAUUCGACGACUGGCUUACGUGGCUGGAAGAGCUGCUCCCAUUGCUGGGGCGACGACCGGUGCUUCGCCUAGUCGAGACCCAGACUUUGGUGGACCGACAUCAGUUGGAGCCAACACGAGCACACAAUCUUGGGACGAAAGGCCACAUGGUCAACACAGUACAGCACCCCUGUCCUUCACCUGGACGUGCCAAAGGACACACAACCCAUCGGUCCACCAACCUGGCAGCCACCCGCAUGUUGGACCAAACUCCACAAAACCUUGCCCACAAUGACCACACCAGCAGAAAGCCCAGAAGGGCGCCCGGCCCCACGAUCAGCCAAAGGCAGAAUGGAUUCGUCCACCUUCCACAGGUGGACAAACGGUGGGAACACUGGCGGUUAGCAGCCAACCAACAGCACCCACGCACAACCACACGGGAGCUCGAACCCGAACUGAAAACACUCAAGCUGUGGCACCACUGGCAUGAGCACCUGCCAGAGCUGCGAGGUGCCCUCAACCCUGGCCUGGGAUGGAAAGCCAGAAGCGAUUCCAAAUAUUCCACGCCAACAGACUUCAACACUUUCCUCAAUCAAAACAAAGAAUACAUACAGCUAAAGAUGGUCACGGCUCGACCAGAUACACACUGGCAACAGCUUCUACAAGAGAUCGUCGAGGACGUCCGCAACGGGCGCAUGGAAGGGCCAUUCAUAGCCCCACCAGAUUGGCAAACCAAAACCAUAGCAGCAGCCCAGUACAUCGACAUGUGCACUUUGCAAGAGGGACCCUCGUGCCAUGUUCCAACAAGUGUCGCGUUCUCAAUCGAACAGAUUGGAAGCGACGGCCAGCCCAAAAUCCGCCGAGGCGAAGAUUGGAAACGAUCUAAGCGCAACACAACGGUGUCAGCCACGGACACCCCCAACGCACACAGGCCCGACACUUUCACAGCCGUGGCACAGUGGCUGCACCAGCACAACCACCAGGCACAAAUCUGGGGCCCAGAUCAAGAAGCAGCAUACCGCCAACUAGCGGUUGCAGACCCCACCGAGACAUACGUCCUCUUGCGCGUCCCUCACGGAUGGACGCUGUGGCGACACACCUGUCUCCUCUUCGGCAGUGCUGGAUCCGUAUGGGCAUACACAAGAACAGCAGACAUGUUAGCCUGGAUCACCAGAGCAACCUUGCUAGUUCCAACACUCCACUAUGUGGAUGAUUUUGCUGCUCUUGAGGCAAACACCACCAUACAAAGCGGCUUUGAGGCAACACACAGCACCCUGCAGACCAUGGGGUUCAGAUUCAAACCCACAAAAAUGCAGCCCCCACACCACAGCCAACGCAUCCAAGGGCUUUGGAUGACAGCCACAGAAGACAGUUUCGUGCUACAACCUUGCCCAAAACGAACUGGACGGAUCACACAACAGAUCCUACAAUGCCUCCAGUCAGACACGCUGAGCGGCGAGCAUGCAGCCAAACUGGCCGGCAAACUGCAAUUCUUGCAAGAAGCAGUGUUGGGUCAAAGCAUCAGAGCUUGUCUCUACCCACUUUACAAACAUGCGGCAGCAAGCGCACACCAGAGCUCCAGGACCAAACUCAGUCCGGGAACACGCGACGCGCUGGCUACAAUCUUGAACAUCCCUACAGUGCGAAUUGCACAUCACGACUUGCAACUUUUGCCAAAGAUGAGGCCCAUGCAGCUCGACUUCAACACAGAACCAACAUCUGUGAUUUACGCAGAUGCGUAUUUCAAAGCAGGAGAGCGAACCAUCAGACUUUCAGCUGCCACAGACGAUUGGUCAUGGAACCCAGACGGCGCCAACCUCAUGGAGAACGGAUGGGGUUUCAUCAUCCGCCACGGCACAGAAGUGUUUUUUGCACACGGAAGCAUUCCACCACACCUCAUCUCACACUUCACCACAAGACGCGCUUACAUUUAUGCACUCGAAGUGCUUGCACAAACCUUGGCUCUGAUUGCUGGCCAAAAAUUCUUACACCGCAAUAUUUGGUGUUUUUGUGACAACGAAGCAGGGCGAUGUGCCUUGUUGAAAGGUUUCGGAAAGGAUGUCCGAAGCAACUCUCUUUUGAGUUGCGUCUGGCAGUUUUUGGAAGCCAAGCAACUGGCACCACAUUUUCAGAGAGUGACAAGUGAAGCCAAUACCUAG